GAGCAUAUACACCUUUCUUGCGCUUCCCCGGCACGCCGAUGCCCUGGCAUUCAUCAUCUCGAGUCAUGGCCAUAGCUGGGCUUCGGUUGGGAUGGUGAGGUGGUUCCCUAAUCUGGACUAGCGGCGUUUGAGGCUCGAUGCCGUCUUUAGCGACCAGGAUGGCUCUCACAUUUCUGACUCCUUCAUCCAUCAACAACGCGCGUGCCGUUACUGUGUCGAAUCCUUCCAACGUCCACCAUCCCGCUCUAUCGACUAAUAACCUUGAUCGGCGCGAAACUUUAUCGUCCGCGACCCCGAAUCUCAACGCUUUUCCAAAAUGCCUGGCGGAAAGGGAAAGUCUAUCGGUGGAAAGGCAGGCUCCAAGGACUCUGCGGGGAAGGCUCAAAAGUCCCACAGCGCGAAAGCCGGUUUGCAGUUCCCAUGCGGUCGUGUUAAGCGUUUCCUCAAGAACAAUACGCAAAACAAAAUGCGUGUUGGCGCGAAAGCCGCUGUCUACGUCACUGCAGUCCUUGAAUACUUAACCGCUGAAGUGCUGGAACUUGCCGGAAAUGCUGCCAAGGACCUCAAAGUCAAGCGUAUCACGCCGCGUCACCUACAGCUUGCCAUCCGUGGAGACGAAGAGCUCGACACGCUUAUUCGUGCAACCAUUGCUUUUGGUGGUGUUCUGCCACGCAUCAACCGCGCCCUGCUGCUUAAGGUGGAACAGAAGAAGAAGAAGGACGCAUAAGCACUGCGGAUACCCAACACAUACGGCGUUUAAUGAUGAUUGAAUGGAAACACCCCAGCGUACAGUGAUCAUGACGACUGAAUCCAAGCCCUGCAGACUACCAUGUUUCGAGAGCAUCUGGCCUUGGCCCUGUAGUCGCAUUCCGCUUUUUACCACUGCAGCUCGGCAUGCGGUUUCCUUGUUUUUGAAAUACUCUUGCUCUUGAUAAAUGUUCAGCUACCUCCACUUGAUGUCUGCUCCGUCCAUCGUUUGUCUCGAAUUUCCAAGGGCGCUGUAAUGGGAAAAGGGGUAUUCUCGGUAGUGGAAACUGUUUGUCUAUUUCGCAAGUCUCUUAUCUCUUUUUUUUGUCCUAAUACUUUUAUUCUUCGAAUCGCUGGUGUUGA